AUGAGCAGUUUGAGUUAUAAAGAUCUGCCUACAAAACGGAAAAUGGUGAUAGGAGAGUUAGUGAGAGGAAAAGAAACUGCAACCCAACUCAAAACCGUACUGCAGAAGCCUGUUACUGAUCAUGGAUCAGUUUUAGCUAAGGAACUUUCUCUCAAAAUCAUUAGAUCUUUCACCGAGAUUCUUUCCGUGCUCAAUUAUGGUGGUGGUGCAAAAAAGAGAUCCCUGAUAGCCGCCGGUGACCACGGCGGCUCAGACUGUUCCGGUGAGAAUAAGAAGAGGCCAAGAGUCAAGGCUCGGAGAGGCUGUCACAAGAGAAGAAAGACCAGUGAUUCAUGGACAACAGUUUUUCCAACGAAGGAGGAUGGUUGUGCAUGGAGGAAAUAUGGACAGAAAAUUAUUCUCAAUGCAAAAUAUCCUAGAUGCUACUUUAGAUGCACCCACAAGAAUCAAGGUUGCAAGGCUACAAAGCAAGUUCAAAGAAUCAAAGAAGAUCCCAUUUUGUAUCGAACGACGUACUUUGGCCACCACACCUGCAGAGAUAAACUGAUGGCCCGACAAAUAAUUAUAGAUACAGAUCUACCUGAAUCUAAUCUACUUUGUUUUGAAGAAAAAAUUCCUCCAGUGGAUGCAGGGCCUACCAUUCCCUUUGAAUCUAAAGAAGACAUAGUACGGAGUGAUAUGUCUGAUUCAAGCUUAUGGCAUGACAUGAAAUCUUUGGAACCCUUAAUGGUUUGGUCUCCAAAAAUGAAAUGCUUCGACAUGGAGGGUUUUGAUGAAUUUGCCGAUUUAGAUUUCACUUUCGAUUAG